CAUCUCUCUCUUUCUCUUUCUCUUUCUCUCAAUUCCUUCUCCUCUUUCGCUUUCACUCCCUCCUUUUGUUUUCAUAACAACAAAACAAAAACAUAAACACAUUCACCAAUUGUAACGAAUCAACAACAUUAACACUUUCAGUUUCACUUCUACUUCACUUCACUUCACUCUCUCACUCAUCAAUGUCGUUACUUUCUUUCUUCUUCUUCUUCUUCUUCUUCUUCUUCUUAGCUCUUCCAUUUUUCAACCUCUCAAUAACCGCUUCCACCGAAUUCGACUUCGGAACUUUAACUCUCACAAGCCUCAAACUUCUCGGCGACGCUCACUUAAACAACGGCACCGUUAGUCUCACUCGCGACCUCGCCGUUCCAUUUUCCGGCGCCGGUCAAGCUUUUUAUUCCCGUCCGAUAAAAUUCCGGCAACCAGAAACUCACAUUCUAGCUAGCUUCACAACCUUUUUCUCAUUCUCCGUCGCAAAUUUAAACCCUUCUUCAAUCGGCGGUGGUCUCGCCUUUGUUAUUACACCGGACGAUGAUUCACUCGGCGACGCCGGUGGUUAUCUCGGUCUCGCCGCCGAUGGGUUUUUUGCAGUUGAAUUUGAUACCCUAAUGGACGUUGAAUUUAAAGAUAUUAAUGGGAAUCAUGUUGGGGUUGAUCUUAAUAGUGUUGUUUCUAAUAAAGUUGGUGACUUGGAUUCAAUUGGGAUCGAUCUUAAAAGUGGUGACACGGUUAAUGUGUGGAUUGAAUUUGAUGGAUCUAGUAAUGGGUUUAAUGUUUGGGUUUCUUAUUCAAAUCUUAAACCAAAAGAUCCAAUUUUGUCUAUGAAUCUUGAUAUGGGUCAGUACUUGAAUGAUUUUAUGUAUGUAGGGUUUUCUGGUUCAACGCAAGGUAGUACAGAGACUCAUAGGGUUGAAUGGUGGAGCUUUAGCUCCUCUUUUGUUUCGAGUUCGGGUUAUCCUUCGGGUUCGCCGCCUCCUCCGGCAGUUAAUUUGAUGAAUUCGACGGCUGAGUCGGUGAGGUCGACGCCUCCUUCGAUGGCUCCUUCGGCGAAUUCUUCAAAUGUGGAAGGGAAAGUGAGUAAGUCUUCUUGUCAUAAUGGGUUGUGUAAGCAGGGUUUGGGAGCUGUUGCUGGUGUUGUUACUGCUGGUGCUUUUGUUUUAGCACUUUUUGCUGGUUCUUUCUUUUGGUUUUAUACUAAGAAAGUGAAGCGUGUGAGUAGAUUUGAUUCUCUUGGAUCGGAGAUAAUCAAAAUGCCUAAGCAGUUUAGUUAUAAGGAUCUUAAAUCUGCUACAAAGUGUUUCAAUGCUAAUAGGAUUAUUGGUCAUGGUGCUUUUGGGACUGUGUAUAAGGGAAUUUUGGCAGAGAAUGGUGACAUUGUUGCUGUGAAGAGGUGUAGUCAUAGUAGUCAAGGUAAGAAUGAGUUUUUAUCUGAGUUGUCUAUAAUAGGUAGCCUUAGGCAUAGGAAUCUUGUUAGGCUUCAAGGAUGGUGUCAUGAGAAAGGCGAGAUUUUGUUGGUGUAUGAUUUGAUGCCUAAUGGGAGUUUGGAUAAGGCUUUGUUCGAGGCUAGGACGCCUCUUCCGUGGUCACACCGGCGCAAAAUUUUGUUGGGUGUGGCGUCUGCUUUGGCUUACUUGCAUCAGGAGUGUGAAAAUCAGGUGAUUCAUAGAGACAUAAAGACCAGUAACAUAAUGUUAGACGAAGGGUUCAAUGCGCGAUUGGGAGAUUUCGGAUUAGCAAGGCAAACGGAGCAUGACAAGUCUCCGGAUGCCACGGUGGCUGCUGGAACAAUGGGGUAUCUAGCACCUGAGUAUCUACUCACAGGUAAAGCGACCGAGAAAACCGACGUGUUCAGUUACGGUGCUGUGGUUCUUGAGGUGGCUAGUGGAAGGAGACCUAUAGAGAAAGAUGCUGCGGGUGCCGGUAAAGUCGGGGUUAGUAGCAAUUUGGUGGAAUGGGUUUGGAGUUUGCAUAGGGAAGGAAUGUUGCUAAUGGCUGCUGAUCCGAGGCUCGAGGGUGAAUUUGAUGAAGGGGAGAUGAGAAGGGUACUAUUGGUCGGGCUAGCUUGUUCUCACCCCGAUCCAAUGACUAGACCGACAAUGAGGUGUGUGGUUCAAAUGCUAGGGGGUGAGGCUGAAGUGCCAAUUGUCCCGAGAACUAAACCAACAACAACGGGUCUCAGUACUUCACACUCCCACCUCUUACUAAGUUUGCAAGAUAGUGUAUCUGACUGUGAUGGUAUAAUCACAAUCUCUUCUUCCACAUCAGAGAACAGUUUCAAUGGUGGAGAUAUAGUCUGAUGAAAAAAUCUUGGCUUGGACUAAGCCAUUUUUAAUUAUUGAUUCAUAGUGUAAAUAGAGAGAGAGUAUCAUAUAUGUAUUCAUUUGUUCAUGUAUGUAAAGUAAAUGACAAUAAAAUGCAAUUAAGAACCUUGAGAAAGAAAUUUUGGAGUUAACGCAAUUCUGCCUCUGGAACUCAUAAAUCAUGGCAGAGUGUUGGUGUACACAUUUUGGCACAAAUUUAUUCAAGUGGAUCAUCUGAUGCUGCAGAGCAAUGCAAGGAUGUUACAGGCAAUUUGGGGAGGGUUAUGGAACUUUUGCAUAGAUAAUUUGUUCUAGUACUAAUGGAUGGCCACUUGUAUAAGAUGGCAACCUUCUGGUAUGCAGCCAAUUGCUACUCUUACUCUGCUGGCCAUCACAUUGACCUUUCUAGCAUGGUGGAUUUCUCAAUUCAGAGUUGCUAAAACUUUGAUGAGGAAAUGGAGUUGAAUGAGCAAAUCGAUUUUUGAAGGCGUUAUCUCAGGAAGAAAAUCCAGCUCGUGGAGCACCUUGGUGAUGUUGAUAACAAGACGAUCUGCAAAGGUACACGGAAAGUCCUCCCUGAUCACAACACGGAAAACUGUCACGUGCUGUGCAUCUGCCGACAUGGCUGGCACCAUCCAACCGAAGCGCCUCAGCAUGUCAGAGAUUUGGAAUUCAUUAAAUCCGCCGUGGUCCCUCAAAGUGAAGGCGACUAAUGGUACACCAUCAUCUUUGGAUACAAUGUCAAACUGACCCGUUUUCUCUAGUCCCUCCUUAAGUACCAUCAUGUUGUCUCUGCAGUUUUCAUUCACAUUUCUAUAUCCCUCCUACAAACCCAAUUAACACAAAUUAUCAGUUACAUAUAGCAUCAAGUUUCGGAUAAAUGUUAAUGUAGGUAGAAUCAUGUAACUAUAAAAGCAUGGUUUGGUGAUUUAAAGUUCUGACAUGGAUCAUCUGCAAUCUCUUUAGCCACACCUCAUUCGUUGGAUUAAUCUAAUGAACGAGAUAUAAUAUUCUCAUCCGUUAAAUUAAUCUAAGGAUUUAGGUGCGGCUAGAGACCAUAGAAGAUUCAAGUCCAUAAAGUUUCAUCUUGCCGUGUCAAGACGAUCCAAGAAGGGUUGGACCCAUUGUGAGUGUCAUGUAAAUAGUCUUAAAUUUGACUUAUGAGAGAUUGAUUCAAGGAUUCCAACUUGUAACUUCUUAAUUGAUCAUAUUGACUACAAUCCAAUGGUUAUGCCAAAGCUCUUCUUCAAUCA